AUGAGCGUCUCCUGUCCUGGACUCCCAUCCAUGGCAAAGCUUGGCCUGUGGUGGCUCCUCCUGAUCCCAGCAGCACUGGGACAGCGAGACUUCCAUACCCAAGCUGAGGACCGCCUCUUCAGACAUCUCUUUGGGGGCUACAACCGCUGGGCAAGGCCAGUACCCAACACCUCAGAUGUGGUGAUCGUGCGCUUUGGCCUGUCCAUUGCCCAGCUCAUUGAUGUGGAUGAGAAGAACCAAAUGAUGACCACCAACGUCUGGCUAAAACAGGAGUGGAGCGACUACAAGCUGCGCUGGAAUCCGGCCGAUUUCGGCAACAUCACAUCCCUCCGGGUCCCUUCUGAGAUGAUCUGGAUCCCCGACAUUGUCCUCUACAACAAUGCAGAUGGGGAGUUUGUGGUGACCCACAUGACCAAGGCCCACCUCUUCUCCACGGGUACAGUGCACUGGGUGCCCCCCGCCAUCUACAAGAGCUCCUGCAGCAUCGAUGUCACCUUCUUCCCCUUCGAUCAGCAAAACUGCAAGAUGAAGUUUGGCUCCUGGAGCUACGACAAGGCCAAGAUCGACUUGGAGCAGAUGGAGCAGACAGUGGACCUGAAGGACUACUGGGAGAGUGGUGAGUGGGCCAUCAUCAAUGCAACAGGUAGCUACAACAGCAAGAAGUAUGACUGCUGUGCUGAGAUCUACCCCGAUGUCACUUACUACUUUGUCAUCCGGCGGCUGCCCCUCUUCUACACCAUCAACCUCAUCAUCCCCUGCCUGCUCAUCUCCUGCCUCACUGUGCUCGUCUUCUACCUCCCCUCGGACUGCGGCGAGAAGAUCACCCUUUGUAUCUCUGUGCUGCUCUCACUCACUGUCUUCCUCCUGCUCAUCACCGAGAUCAUCCCUUCCACCUCCCUGGUCAUUCCACUGAUUGGCGAAUAUCUGCUCUUCACCAUGAUCUUCGUCACCCUUUCUAUCAUCAUCACUGUCUUUGUGCUCAAUGUCCACCACCGAUCCCCCAGCACCCACAAUAUGCCCCACUGGGUGCAGGUGACCUUCCUGGGCUGUGUGCCCAGGUGGCUUCUGAUGAACCGGCCCCUGCCACCCUUGGAGCUCCGUGACCCCUCAGGCCUGAAGCUCAACCCCUCUUAUCACUGGCUGGAGACCAAUGUGGAUGCAGAGGAGAGAGAGGAGGAAGAGGAGGAUGAAGACAAAUGGGUGUGUGCAGGUCUUUCACCCCCCUUGAUGGGUGCCCUCUACAGCCACGAUGGCCUGCAUCCAGGGGCCUCAGGUCCUAAGGCUGAGGCCCAGGUGCAGAAGAGUGGGCUCCUGCUGUCACCUAGCAUACAGAAGGCACUGGAAGGCGUGCACUAUAUUGCUGAUCACCUGAGGUCUGAGGAUGCUGACUUUUCGGUAAAGGAAGACUGGAAGUAUGUUGCCAUGGUAAUCGACAGGAUAUUCCUCUGGUUGUUUAUCAUCAUCUGCUUCCUGGGGACCAUUGGACUCUUUCUUCCUCCAUUCCUGGCUGGAAUGAUCUGAUAUCACAUCCCUUGCCUUGACUCAAAGGGGUCAUUGCUGACCAUCUUAACUGCUUCUGCCUCUAGAGUUUUGGGGUUAGCAUUAUCAGACUGCAGGUGCCUCUCUCUGAAGUCCCUAAACUGGC